CCGCGCCCUUUUGUCUUCCUGGCCGGCGGCGGCGGCGCCUGAGCUGCGAGCGCCCGGCCCCUCCGGCGCGCCCAGACGCUGCGCGCCCCAUGGCGGCGCCCGGCGACCCCGCAGCCCGCGGCGGGCGCAGUCCGCGGCGCGCCCCCGGCCCGGAGCCCGCCGGCGUGCCCCCAGCGCAGAGGUAGGGGCGUCCCCUCCGCCUCCGCCCGCCGCCCGCCCCCUCGCCUGACUCAUCCGCCCGCGGUGACCGCAAGCGUCCGCUGCCCGCCGAGCCCCGCUGGGAUGGGGAAGGAGAGCACGGCCGCUGCUGGUUGCCAGGAUUCUCGCUGACGCCCCCGAGUCCGCUGCUGCCUUCUGUCUCCGGAGGCGCCUGAGGAGGUCCCGACAGCUCCCAGAGUGAUAACCGCGAAAGGCCACCAGAUCCCCAAGUUCCUCGCCCAGGUCAGCAGGAAUUCUGGGAAUUUAACUGUAACAAAAUCAUUGGUAAGACUUCCAAGAACCUUGAGUGCAACCAGAAAAAGGAAGUGUCUACAUCUCAUAUAAAGAUUAAAAGGCCACAGAAUGAUAGCAACGGGAGGAGUGAUAACUGGCCUAGCUGCCUUGAAAAGGCAAGACUCUGCCCGAUCACAGCACCAUGUCAACCUCACUCCGUCACCUGCUGCUCAGGAGAAGAAGCCUGUCCGCCGGCGGCCCCGGGCUGAUGUUGUGGUUGUUCGUGGCAAAAUUCGGCUUUAUUCCCCUUCUGGUUUUUUUCUCAUCUUAGGAGUUCUUAUCUCUAUUGUAGGCAUAGCAAUGGCUGUGCUUGGGUAUUGGCCCCAGAAAGAACAUUUCAUCAAUGCUGAAACAACCUUGUCAACCAAUGAAACUCAGGUUAUUCGAAACCAAGGAGGUGUGGUGGUUCGCUUCUUUGAGCAGCACUUGCAUUCUGAUAAAAUGAAAAUGCUUGGUCCUUUCACCAUGGGCAUUGGUAUUUUCAUCUUCAUCUGUGCUAAUGCCAUCCUGCAUGAAAACCGUGACAAAGAAACCAAAAUCAUACACAUGCGGGAUAUCUAUUCCACAGUCAUUGACAUCCACACGCUGAGAAUCAAAGAGCAAAAGCACAUGAAUGGCAUGUACACUGGAUUGGUGGGAGAAACAGAAGUAAGACAGAAUGGGAGCUCCUGUGCCUCGAGAUUGGCAGCCAAUACUAUUGCCUCUUUCUCAGGUUUCCGGAGCAGUUUCCGAAUGGAUAGCUCUGUGGAGGAGGAUGAACUCAUGCUGAAUGAAAGUAAGAGUGUUGGCCACCUGAUGCCUCCUCUGCUCUCUGACAGUGCUGUCUCUGUGUUUGGCCUCUAUCCACCUUCUUCUACAGCAGCUGAUGAGAAGACCAGUGGCCCUAGGAAGUGUGAAACAAAAUCAAUUGUGUCAUCUUCCAUCAGUGCUUUUACAUUGCCUGUGAUCAAACUUAAUAACUGUGUGAUUGAUGAGCCAAGUAUUGAUAACAUCACUGAGGAUGUUGAUAAUGUCAAAAGUAAGUCACGAAAUUUGUCAAUGGAUUCCCUCAUGGUCCCUCUGCCCAGUGCCAGUGAAUCCUUCCAGCCAGUCAGCAUGGGGCUGCCAAGGAAUUACUCUGUUGGGGAAUCAUUGUCAAGUCAGUACAAAUCUUCCGUGGCUCUGGGACCUGGGGCUGGGCAGUUCUUGUCGCCUGGGGCUGCUAGAAGACAAUUUGGAUCCAAUACCUCCCUGCAUUUGCUCUCAUCACACUCAAAAUCCUUAGACUUAGAGCGAGGUCCCUCCACACUAACGGUUCAGGCAGAGCAGCGGAAGCAUCCAAGUUGGCCUCGUUUGGAUCGAAGCAACAGCAAAGGGUAUAUGAAACUGGAGAACAAAGAGGACCCGAUGGAUAGAUUGCUUGUGCCCCAGGCUGCAAUUAAAAAGGACUUCACCAAUAAGGAGAAGCUUCUCAUGAUUUCCAGAUCACACAAUAAUUUGAGUUUUGAACAUGAUGAGUUUUUGAGUAACAACCUAAAGCGGGGAACUUCUGAAACAAGGUUUUAAUGUUAAAAAAAACUGCCAUUUUACGAGGGUAUAUUUUACAACUAUUUUCAAUAAUGUUUUCUUCUUAGAGCAUUGGUUGUAAGCUUUUUUAAUCAGAUGUUUUGUCGUGUGGUAGAACUGGCUGCUUAAUUGUGUAAUGGAAAUGGUUGUAUGUUUGGAUAACUUAUGACUACAGCACUCUGUGUUACCACAUAUGGUUUUAUUUUUCCAUUCCUUUGAAAGCAUGAGCUGUUAUUAGUAUGAGUACAAAAUAUCUGCAUCCAAAUUGAAAUGCUAUUCAUUUUCUUCUAAUUCCUUUCAUUGGUGUAUUAAUAGAAUGAAGUGUCAAGUAAGAA